GGCAGCUCCGCUUCCGCUCGGGGCGCGGCGGCUUCCGCCCGCAGCCUCUCCCCGGGCGAGGAGGAGACGCGACCCCGCGCGCAUGCCCCGAUCAUCCCAGAGGGGCGGGGCCGAGGCUGCAGGAGCGGGAGGGGGGAGAGAAAAGGGAAUUCCAACCUGUGGGACCUCGGGGGGGUCCCCGAGGUCGGCUUCUUCCCACUGACUGUGGAUGGUGCCCGGGGCAGGGCCUCUGGUGGCUGGUGGGGGAGCUCGGGGGUCCGCCGGCUGAGGGAGGGGGGAGUGUCCGUGUCCGAGUACGAGUGGGGUACGCGAGUUCCAAAACUUCGUCUUGAGGCCCUCGGGGCUCCGGCGCCGGGGACAGGGAACUCGGGCCGCCAUGCGCGACAGGACCCGCGAGCUGAGGCAGGUGAGCAGUGGGGGCUGCCGGGUUGCGGACGGGCGGACCGGUCAGGGUCUGGCCGGACCCAGGAGUCCUGGACUCCGGGGCAGGGAGGGGUGGCUGCGGGCUGCGGGCUGCGGGGGAAGACCCGGAAGUCCCCGAGUCCUGCGGCGAGAGAGCCACCGCGAGGAGAUGAUGCCGCCGACCCCGGCCCUGUAGGGGGAUGACAGUUCGGACGAGGAGGACCAGGAGCGGGUCGCGCUGGUGGUGCACCCGGGCACUGCGCGCCUGGGGAGCCCGGACGACGAGUUCUUCCACAAGCCCUCUCGGUCACCUUCCCCAGGUGCGGACAAUUCGACAGACUAUUGUCAAGCUGGAGAAUAAAGUCCGAGAGUUGGAGAAGCAGCAGGUCACCAUCCUGGCCACGCCUCUUCCCGAGGAAAGUAUGAAGCAGGACCUGCAGAACCUGCGCGAGGAGAUCAAACAGCUGGGGAGGGAGAUCCGAUCGCAGCUGAAGGCCAUAGAGCCCCAGAAUGAGGAAGCUGAUGAGAAUUAUAACUCAGUCAACACAAGGAUGAGAAAGACACAGGGACAGCCUCUGCCCCAUGGGCAGAAUUCAAGAAGUCAGCAAGAGGAACUUCCUGGAGGAGGAAGGUCACGGACUCAAAUCUUAGCAAGGAGAUUUGAGGCAAUCCAACUGCCCCGCUCUGGGUUCCCAGUGAGGAGUUACUCGGAUUUCCUGGAGCAUGGGGUCCUGUCCCAGCAAUUCGUGGAGCUCAUCAACAAGUGCAACCUGACGCAGUCCGAGUACCGGGAGAAGAACGUGGAGCGGAUCCGGAGGCAGCUGAAGAUCACAAAUGCCAGGAUGGUGUCGGAUGAGGAGCUGGAGCAGAUGCUGGACAGUGGGCAAAGCGAGGUGUUUGUGUCCAAUAUACUGAAGGACACACAGGUGACUCGACAGGCCCUCAAUGAGAUCUCGGCACGACACAGUGAGAUCCAGCAGCUUGAACGCAGUAUCCGUGAACUUCAUGAGAUCUUCACUUUUCUGGCUACCGAAGUGGAGAUGCAGGGGGAGAUGAUCGACCGGAUCGAAAAGAACAUCCUGAGCUCCGCGGACUAUGUGGAACGCGGGCAGGAGCACGUCAAGAUUGCCCUGGAGAACCAGAAGAAGGCCCGGAAGAAGAAAGUCUUGAUCGCCAUCUGUGUUUCUGUCACUGUCGUCAUUCUGGCGGUCAUCAUUGGUAUCGCCACAUUGGUGUGAGCCGUCGCACAUUCUCGGCGCUAACAGCACCGGAGACCCGGGUCUGCCCUCGCUCCGCGCAGCUGAGCGGGGAGGGCAGGACAGAGCCUCCAGCUGGACCCCUUCCUCCCACUGGGCCCGUGCAGAGGGGCAGAUGGUUCUCCUGGGGUCGGCAGCCACUCAUUCUUGGGGGCUUCCCGAGUCAGGCCACCAUGCCUGCGGGAAGGCCUGCGGCAUCCUGUUUGGCUGGGACACACGGUUUUGUAAGAAAUUAAAAAAAAAAAAAAGUGC